AACCAGGGCGGAAGGGGACCAGGGCCAGGGCUGUGUUUGGAGCCUCGGCUGGGCUGGGGUGCCAAUGUGGUCCCCGGAGCGGGAGGCCGAGACCCCGGCCGGGGGAGACCCGGCGGGCCUACUGCCCCCCGAGUGGGAGGAGGAUGAGGAGCGCAUGUCCUUCCUGUUCUCCGCUUUCAAAAGGAGUCGCGAAGUGAACAGCACCGACUGGGACAGCAAGAUGGGCUUCUGGGCGCCGUUGGUGCUGAGCCACAGCCGCCGCCAGGGGGUGGUGCGCCUGCGUCUGCGGGACUUGCAGGAGGCCUUUCAGCGUAAGGGCAGCGUCCCGCUGGGGCUGGCCACCGUGCUGCAGGACCUGCUGCGUCGAGGGGAGCUGCAGCGGGAGUCAGACUUCAUGGCCAGUGUAGACAGCAGCUGGAUCUCCUGGGGAGUCGGGGUCUUCCUGCUGAAGCCCCUCAAGUGGACUCUUUCCAAUAUGCUCGGGGAUAAUAAGGUUCCUGCCGAGGAGGUGCUCGUGGCCUUGGAGCUUCUUAAGACCAAGCCCAACCUCAGUUCCCUUGCAGAGCCCUGGAGGCUUCCACACUGCCGGAUGCAGGAGAAGGCUGAGGAGGUGUAUCGUCUGUAUCAGAACUCCCCUCUCUUCUCCCACCCCGUGGUGGCCCUGUCGGAGCUGAGCACACUCUGUGCGGGCUCCUGUCUGGAUGAGAGGACCUUCUGCUUGGUGUUGCUGCAGCUGCAGAAAGAGAAGCGAGUCACUGUCCUCGAGCAGAAUGGGGAGAAGAUUGUGAAGUUUGCCCGGGGCCCACAUGCCAAGGUCUCUCCUGUCAACGACGUAGAUGUCGGGGUUUACCAGCUGAUGCAGAGCGAACAGCUGCUGUCGUGCAAGGUGGAGUCCUUAUCCCAGGAAGCAGAGAGGUAUAAAGAAGAAGCCCGCCGGGCAUGCCGAGCAGGAAAGAAGCAGCUGGCCCUGAGGUCUCUCAAGGCCAAGCAGCGGACGGAGAAGCGCAUCGAAGCCCUGCAUGCCAAGCUGGACACUGUUCAAGGCAUCCUGGACCGGAUCUAUGCCUCGCAGACAGAUCAGAUGGUUUUCAAUGCGUAUCAGGCCGGGGUAGGAGCACUGAAACUCUCCAUGAAGGAUGUGACAGUGGAGAAGGCAGAGAGCCUUGUGGAUCAGAUCCAAGAGCUGUGUGACACCCAGGACGAAGUUUCUCAGACUCUGGCUGGUGGGGUAACCAAUGGCUUAGACUUUGACAGUGAGGAACUGGAGAAGGAAUUGGACAUCCUCCUUCAGGACACCACCAAAGAACCCUCAGAUCUGCCCGACAACCCCCAGGAGACGUUUCAUACCAACAGUGUGCCUAACCCUAGGAUCUCGGACGCUGAACUUGAAGCUGAACUUGAGAAACUGUCCUUAUCAGAGGGAGGUUUGGUCCCAAGCAGUAAAUCUCCAAAAAGACAAUUGGAACCGACUCUAUAAAGCCAUUGUAGGACCCUCAAGUGAAGGACCCUCGUGUCUAAGAGAGACCAGGCUUGCGUGUGUGUACAUAGUUAUUUAAACGAGAAACUCUCGGAAUGUGUUGGAAAGAGGAGGAAGGACAACCACUCUGAUGUAUCUGGAUGCUACCGCUUACUACGGGACAGAUAGAAUUUCUGGAAGCGUGCUCCUGAGGCGUGCUGCCAGCUGGGCUCAUGGCCCUGCCUUCUCAUCUUUAUAGUGCCACAGUUUAUACAGUUCUGUGUUUGCCCCGUCGUCUCUCAUAGCCUGCAGCUCCUGCCACGGGCUCAGUUAGGUUUGUCUUCCCCCACCAGCUUUGUUCCAGCCAGCGAAGGCGAAAGAUUCGGGCAGCUUUGCCAAAUCAAAAUCUGUCCUCGUCCCCCACCCUCGCUGUGUUUAGAGGAGUUUAUUCGGUCAGUAGGUCCGUUACACACCUCUUCCCAGCCCCACUGUGUUUCCAUUGGUAGCGAGAAGAAGGAGAAUCCAACAGCUGCCACGUUAUGGAGAAACACACGGUGUGAAAGGUUCUCCCCUGGGGUUCAGAUUCUCCAGGUGUUCAGAAAGAGAGGUAACCCCUGAGUGGCUCAGAGUCGUGACAGUUGGAGAGGGGGCUUGUGGGGUUGGUGGCCACUGCCGCCUCUUCCAUCUCAUGCAAAAGAAGAUCUGCUGACUGGAGAAAUGGUUACCCUUGGUCUUUUGAACUUGACGAGGAGAAGCCCAGGUGACUGCAGGGCCCCGGGUGUCCAAACCCCAUAUGCUUUCUUAAAAAGGCAUCAUCUUUGCCUUGCCCCCGUGGUGAAUAAAUUAAAUAUCACUUAAAUACAUAAAUCAGAAGAA